AAGACAUAAUCUGGCUUUAUCUAUCUUCCAAAGCUAGUUUUGUUUUAAGCAAAAUAAGUUGUGGUUUCUGAUUGAAAAACCUAUUGCAGAUCACUAGUGUGCAAAAUAUGCCAUCAGAUAAUCCAUAUUAAACUGUUCGUGUCAGCCGAUGAAUGACAAUGACCAGGUGCACUGAGCAUAACUGCAGCACCGGAGGGCAGUGCUUUGCCCAAACAGUUAGCAAGUCAUGUCUCCUGUGUAUGUGUGUGUCAGCUGCUUAUGACGGAAAUACAUUUUGGAUUUAACCCUAACCAGCAACGGCUUCUCCAUCCUUUUACUAUCAACCCAAACUACCCUACCUAGUAGAGUCCAUGCGCACGUGUGGUGCUUUGUCCCAGACUGUGCAGCACAAACACACUCAUGGAUUCUGGACCUCGACGUUCUCCGCUACUCUUUCUAGGAGUAGUCAUGAUUUCUGCUGCAGCGUGUGCGGUAAACCUUGAGGGAGAACUUUUUAAGGAUUUGAUGAAGGGCUACAACAAGAAUGUCCAACCAAAUGAGAAAAAUGGAAAUGUCACCCAAGUCUCCAUCAAGAUGACUCUCACCAACCUCAUCUCUCUGAAUGAAAAAGAGGAGGCCCUGACAACCAGCGUGUGGAUAGAAAUGGUAUGGUGUGACUACAGACUGAGGUGGGACGAACCACCAAGAUCAGCUUUGUAUGGGAAUAUAACAUCUGAACUACGGGUUCCCUCCAAAAAGAUCUGGCUGCCUGACGUCAUAUUAGAAAACAAUGUGGAUGGACAAUUUGAGAUAGCAUAUUACUGUAACGCACUAGUGUCUCCGAAUGGCUGCGUGUACUGGCUGCCUCCUGCCAUCUACCGUAGUGCCUGUGCCAUCACAGUCAACUAUUUUCCCUUUGACUGGCAAAACUGUACUAUGAUCUUCCGCUCCCAGACCUACAGUGCCAAUGAGAUUGAACUGAAACUCCAACAAAAGGAUAACUAUACACUGGAGUGGGUGGAAAUUGAUAAAGAGGCUUUUACAGAGAACGGCGAGUGGGCGAUCAGACACAGACCUGCCAAGAAGGUGAUCAACACUUGGUACACUAAAGAUGACCUGGAGUAUCAGCAGAUAGUUUUCUUCCUCAUCAUCCAGAGAAAGCCUGUUUUCUACAUCAUCAACAUUAUUGCUCCCUGUGUCCUCUUCUCCUCUCUUGGCCUGCUGGUUUACUUUUUACCUGCCAAAGCUGGUGGUCAGAAGUGCAACAUGGCUAUUUAUUCACUUCUGGGCCAGACUGUGUUCCUCUUCCUGAUCGCUAAGAAAGUUCCAGAGACUUCAAAAGCAGUGCCUCUUAUUGGAAAAUAUCUGAUGUUUGUGAUGUCAGUGACCACUAUUGUAAUAAUAAACUGUGUGAUUGUCCUCAACGUGUCAUUAAGAACUCCGAACACUCACAAAAUGACAGACAAAGUUCGUAAGAUCUUCCUGAAUGUGUUGCCUCAGCUGCUCAGGAUGAGGAUGAAACCCUGGACACCAAACAGUGAUAAAACCUCUGAAACUACUGAUGGAAGAACUCUUUGCACAGACAAAAUCCACUGCCGGCGCCGCAGCUCCAUCACACUUAUCGCUAAAGCAGAGGAAUAUUUAGCUACGGUGGCUCGAUCGGAGCUGAUGUUUAAAAACCUCAAAGAGAGGAACGGAUUGAUGAAGUCAGUGUUAGAAACUCUUUAUGGUGGACUGAAAGGAGGCACAGCUGAACAGCUCAGCGUCAGUUUGGCGCAGGCCUCACCAGAGCUGAGGCAGUGUGUGGCCUCCUGUAAACACAUAGCAGAGACUGCAAGACAGCAGAACAACUUCCAGAGUGAAAAUGAAGAAUGGUUCCUGGUUGCCCGUGUGAUUGACAGAGUCUGCUUUAUUGUCAUGGCAUUAGUGUUUUUCAUCGGCACGACCGGCAUCUUCCUGAUGGGCCAUUUCAACCAGCCCCCCUCCUCGCCGUUUGAUGGGGAUCCAAAGGAGUAUCUCCCCCCAUUAGAGAAUCACAGAGAUGCGACUGAAAACGGAAUAGGAGCAAACCUCCUGAGCUGAACCAGGAAAAAGUAUUUUAAUUUAAUCUGACCACCGAACAUGACAAUCUGAUGGUGUUUGUUACAGGUUCAUCACAAACAUCUCUGGCACAAAGAAUCUAGAGGGUGAUGUUAUCAGUCAGUUGUGGUUCUGUGGAUUAUAACACGGGCCAGAAAACUUAACUAUGUGGAUACAUUUUCAUGUAAGCUAUAAAUGACUAUUAAAGCCAUACAGUGCCUUUGCAACAUUUUUAUUGUUGCAGCAGAGUUGUUGAAAUUCAGUUUGCUUUACACUCUAAAUAAUAAUAAUUAUCUUUAUUGGUCAUUGCACAUUACAAUGAAAUUUGUCCUCUGCAUUUAACCCAUCCCUUAUAGGGAGCAGAGGGCUGCCAUUGUGUGGCACCUGGGGAGCAUUCUGGGG